GCGGCGGGGCCGGGGCCGGCGGGCAGGCGGCCGAGGUAACCGGGGCGGCCGGGCCGGGGCCGGGGCCGGGCGGCUCCUCCGCUCGCCGCUCCAUGUUCGCCAUGGACUACUCCUACCUCAACUCGUACGACUCCUGCGUGGCGGCCAUGGAGGCGUCCGCCUACGACUUCAGCUCCUGCAGCCAGGCCAACACGUUCCAGUACAGCCCCAUGCGGGGCGGCUUCGGGGCCAGCCCGGCCUGCCCCCCCCUCGCCUCCGCCAACUGCGCGCUGGGCGCCCUGCGCGACCACCAGCCCUCGCCCUACUCGGCAGUGCCGUACAAAUUCUUCUCGGACCCGUCGGGCAUCAACGAGAAGCGGAAGCAGCGGCGGAUCCGGACCACGUUCACCAGCUCGCAGCUGAAGGAGCUGGAGAGGGUCUUUGCCGAGACGCACUACCCCGACAUCUACACGCGUGAGGAGCUGGCCCUCAAGAUCGACCUCACCGAGGCGCGGGUGCAGGUCUGGUUCCAGAACCGCCGGGCCAAGUUCCGCAAGCAGGAGCGCGCGGCCAACGCCAAGGGCGCGGGCGGCAGCAGCAGCAGCGCCGGCGCCGCCGCCAGCAAGAAGCCGGAGCCGCGCUCGUCCUCGGAGGACGACGAGUCCAAGGAGUCGAACUGCAGCCCGACGCCCGACAGCACGGCCUCGCUGCCCGCCGGCGGCAGCCUGGGCAGCCCCGGGGGCAGCCUGAGCCCCAGCCCGGGCGCGGGGCAGCCCCUGGGGCCCGGCCACCCCCCGCAGCCCCUGAAGGCGCCCCUGUGGCCGGGCGUCAGCACCAGCAGCGGCGCCGCCAACACGGCCGAGCUGCUGAAAGCGUGGCAGCCGGCCGAAGCCAUGCCCGGACCUUUCUCCGGCGUCCUCUCCUCCUUCCACAGGAAGCCCAACGCCCUCAAGACAAACCUCUUCUGAUCCGACGGCCGACGCCCCCCCCCCCCUCGCCCACCCAGCUUCUGCCCCCUCCCCCAGCCCCCCGGGGACCCUGCGGUGACGCCCCGCAAACUGCUGCUGGCGGGGGACAGGACAGGUCCCCCCCCCCCACGUCCCCAUCCCUGCACAGCCCCGGCCCCCUGCCCCGGCUCCCCGGGGGCUGCGGGACCCCCGCCCUCACCCGGAGCCCACCGGGAUGCUCCGUGCUCGGUGCCUGCCCUGUGGGGGCACGGAGCCGCGGGGGGGGGGACACAUCCACGCACCCCGUGCCCAGGGUGCCGCCGGCACCGCGGAUGCUGCAGGAGCAAGGGGUGAGCGCAGCGGGGUCAGCAGCCCCGGGACAAGCCUUGGGGGGGGCUGCAGCCGCCCCCAGCCCGGACGAGGUGCCCAAGGCGUGCCCAUCGCUCCUGCACGUUUCGGGGGGGCUUCCAGCGUGCUGCGGAUGCUGGUGCCCCCCCAUCUCCGCCCCCCCCCCCCCCCCCUUUCUCCCUGCCACGCGUGGGCAUCUCGGCAUCCUUGGGGCGAGGAAGCACUUUAGGGUUCGGGAUUCCAGAGGCCGGGGGGAGCAGCGAAGGGGCUCGGAGCGGCGCUGAACUUCUGGGGGGGCUGCUGGAAGCGCCGCACCCCCAGCUGCGGGAGGCGAUGCCGGGGCCGCCCAGCCCAUGGACACGGAGCUGCCCCCCUCUGCUUUCUGGGGCUGGGGGCAGAGACCCCCCCCUCGCCCACCCGGGGCGCAACGGGAAUUGGGGAGGGGGCAGAAAGCAGAACUGGGGGCUUCGGCGAGGAGCUGGGAACGCCGCGAACGGGGCCGAGCCACCGGCAGCAUCCCCGGUCCCCGUCCCGCUGUGACCGAGGGCUGGCGCCCACCAAGGUGCCCCCCCCCCCGGGGCCAGGGCACCCCUCGGGGCCCCCCCAGGCCGGCGUGGGCGUGCGUACGUGUGUGUGUGUGUGUGCGUGUCCGUGUAGCUUCUCCAGCGCGGGCGGGGCGCGUGGCACCGGGUGGCACCGGGCUGGGGGGGUCCCGGCCACCCCCUGCCCUCGCCCCCCUGCGGGCAGCCCCGGUGCCCGUCCCCUCCCGCGGUGGCUCCCCCGGGGACCUCUCCGGCUGCUGGAUGAGGUUUUGGGGUUGAUUUUGUUUUUUUUCCUUUUUUUUUU